AACUUCAUAAAUUGUCAAUUUAUUUUUAUAAAUAUGUCUCUUAUCAAUAUAAUUGCUAUCUUUACGCUAACUGUCUUAUCUUUUAACAGUUCAAUAAAGUACAGAAACAACAUUAAAUAAAAACCAAACUAUUAUUAUUUCUUAAAUCAAGGAGUUGAAUUGUCUAUACAGAUUUGAUGCACUGGCAAUACGAUAGCUUUCAACUACUGUUGUUUCAAGCAAUAUGAAACGUUUUGUACUUAAUUAGUUGAAGAUAAAAAAUGUCAAACAACGAGAUUCUUGGAUCAGAUCACGAACUGACGACGUCUGAUCAAAACGACACGAAAAAUGCACCGUCGACUGAGGAUGCAGCCCCUGCACUGGAGAACCGAAAUACAGAACCUACUUCCAGUAACACGAACGAUCAAACGGUAGCUGAUGAGAAAGAAAGUUGCAGCGAAAAUUUGAAAACCGAAGCUUCCGAAUCUGCGGGAGAGACAGUCGAGAAGACUUCAAAAGUUCCUGAGCCAGUUCCUGAAGUUCUACAGCAAACCAUAGGUGCAGGAGACACUUGUGCUGUUCCAAGACCCGACGAGAAUGCCAACGUUCAGAAAGCACAGGAGGAAAUUACAGCCCCGCUUGUAAACAAGCAGAUAUCGUUAUCGGAGGAGAAGCCAUUAACGGAGGAAAAGAAAGACGACAAUGAACUCGAGAUAUUGAAAUGGAAGGAGGAGGUGCAGAAAGUCCAUAAGGAACGAGAUGCUCUCCAGAAAAAGUUGGAAAGCACCGAGAAAAAGUUGGCCUUGUUGCAAGGUUCGUACGAUGCUUUGUUGAAAGGCGAGGGAGAUGAAGUGAUGCUUCGACGAAUGGUGGAUCAGUUGAAAGCUAAACUGAUACAAACCUCGUUGCAAUUGGAAGAUCGUAUUCGCGUGGGUCUUAAUCAGGAGAAACAAAUUAGCGCUUUGAACAGCCAGGUUGCUUCGCUAAAGGAAGUGGAGUCUCUUACCAGGAGCCUGUUACAGAUACGCAACAUGGAAGUUAAACACUUACAGGCAGAGGUAGACGAUAUGGAAGUCCGAAUUUCCGAGGAACGAGAACGGUACAACACUAUGAUAAAUAAAAUGGAUGCUGCGGUGAAAUUGAACGCUGAUCUGAAGAAGGAAUACGAGACACAGUUAUGUCUUUUCCGAGAUUUACGAGAGAAGUACGAAGAGAAGGUCACGUUGUUAUCUGAGGAGAAACGGGCCCUCGAAAACAACGCACAAUCAGUUCCUAAAUAAUAUUGCGUUUUAAGUUCAACUACUUUGUAAUUAUUUUAAUUUUUACAAAAUAAAAGAUUAUGAACCUGG